AACAAAAAAUAAGCAUCGUGAUAACUCAGCUUGGCUUUGCUGCCUCGCUUCUCCUCGCAGUAUUAUGUUACAUCCCUCCUCACCCAAUCACAGCGCUCCCCAAAAUCCUCCUGCACGUUCCCCGUUAUAAGAAGCUCCGGACGUUCGAGUCUGGCAAAUACCUCUCCGUCUCCCUGACGCACAGGUUUCUCCACAUCAACCCCCUGUCCAGGCCAGACGCUUUGUCCUUGUUAUUAAUGUUCUUGGAUAGAGGUCAAGGGUUACAGGGCAUCAUAACGGGCAACUGAAGAGGUUUUGGGAAGAGAAAAAAAAGAUGAGAGAAGAAGACUCCUCCCUAAUGGACAGUGCGGGGAACAGCGAGGAGGAGACCGAGCGUCAGCUUCCGCGGAGAGGCGCGAGGAAGCGGAGAGCGAUACGGAGGAGCGCGGACGAGGAGGAAGAAGGAGACGUGGGGAGUCCGAAGAAGAAAAGCAGAAAGAGCGCAGACGGCGGAAGCGCCGAGAGCGCCGGCAGCGAAGCCAGCAGCAGCCCCGCGCGCUCCUUCGAUGACCUACAUACGCAGCGCGCGAUGGCCAACAUCCGCGAGCGGCAAAGGACGCAGUCCCUAAACGAGGCCUUCACUUCUUUACGUAAGAUCAUCCCCACCCUCCCGUCGGACAAACUCAGCAAGAUCCAGACGCUGAAGCUCGCGGCGCGGUACAUCGACUUCCUGUGCCAAGUUCUGCAGAGCGACGAGCUGGAUGCACGAGGGUCCAGCUGCAGCUACGUGGCGCACGAGCGGCUGAGCUACGCGUUUUCUGUGUGGAGGAUGGGGGGAGCCUGGUCCUUGUCUACCACGUCCCACUAGCGGUCCUGACGCACGAUUCUCAGCGCUGAAAACCAGGUGGAUUCGCAGACUGUAGGAAGCCAGACAGAUGACGGUUCAUAAAGGAGAGGCAGACUUUUCAUAUUUCCCUCUGCACGGACAUUAAAAUGUUUACAAGGGAGCACUUAAGACGGAUUUCAAGAAGGACCACUGCGACUAUGAAUGUUGUGACAAGAAAAUUGACUGUAAGCUCUGAGAAACUGCUCCUUGAAACAUGAGAGAAGAGGACUCAUAUUUCGUCUUACAUUCCCAAUGAUGAAGUUUCAUAGGAAAAAGAUGAAACAUUUGUAUUUAUUUUUUUAUACACAGGUUCCAAAUUCCCUUUCCACUCUCAAAUAAAAGCUAUUUAUUUUGAUAUGCUGAAUGAAUGGAUCUGCACAUUUUGAAGUUUGUAAAUAUUUGUCAAUACCUUAAAUAAAAA